AUGUCUGGAACAAGUGACCCGUUUUGUAAUAAUCGUCUUUACCAAUUACUCACUCAACGAUCAAUUUAUUCAAAAGAUGUUUUACAAGAACUGAAUUCAAUACUUCAUGAACAACCAGAAUUAGCUAGAUUAUGUCAUCCAAUUGAAGGCUCUUAUUUUCAUAUUAUUUGUCGAAAUUCCAGUGAACAAGAAAAUGUAGCUCAUCGGAUGAUUUAUGCCUUGAGUAAUGCUGGCGCCAAUCCGAAUAUUACUGAUGGAAAAGGCAAUACACCUUUACAUGAAGUUCUUAUUCGAGGUUUUGUUGAUAUUGGACUUGAUCUUGUUCAGGCUUUAUUUCGUGUUGGAGUUGAUCCACGUAUUUUAAAUAAACAAGAAAAAACAGCCGAUGCUUAUCUAGAAGAUAAUCCACAAUUAAUUGCAUUAUAUACUGGUUAUGGAGAAGGAAUUUGGGCAGCUAUUGAAAUGAAUAAUAUUCAGGAAACGGAACGAUUGAUAAAAGGUUUUAUUAAAGUCGACUGUAAACAUAAUAAUAAUGAAACACUUUUGGAGAAAGCUCGUAAUUUGAAUUGUACUCAAAUAAUUCGUAGUCUUGCUGAUUAUCAAGUAACUAUUGAAUUUAUUCAUUCAAUACUUGCAUGUGAUUGGGAAAGAACAUCGCUUAUACAUCAAUAUGAAGGUCAAUUUAUAAAAAUUAAUACCUUAGAUUCUAUUCAUGCAUUUACAUGGGCACGAACAGUAAACCGAACAUAUUCAAAACCAAUACUUGAAUUUUGCCUUGAUACAAAAUCAUUAGAACCAUUUGAAAUUAUAUUUAAUUCAUCAAUAUUAAAAUCUAAAAUUGAUGUUAAUAUAUUAUGUACUGAUGGUUUACCAUUUUAUUUUCAUAUGUUUGAUAAUUAUAUUUCAAAUGAUAUUCAACAAUUUAUUUUAUCAAAUGCAAAUAUAAAUAUAAAAUCAUCAAAAGGUGAAACAUUUUUAUUUCAUCUUGUUCGUUUAUAUGAUCAAAAUGAAAAUAAGGAAUAUUUAAAUACAUUUAAUAAUUUACUUAAUAAUCAACCAUUACUUCUUUCACAACGUAAUGAACAGGGACGCACAAUUGUAGAUGAUGUUGAAUUAACAUCAUCAUUAUCUUAUUAUAAAUUACGAAUAUUUUAUGAUACAAUUAAAAAUGUAAUUAUUGAUCAAAUGAAAAAUAGUAUUAUUAUUGAACGUUUUGUAUUAAAUGGUUUUGGUUAUCAUUUAUUAUUAUUUUUUAAUGAUGAAAAAAUACAAUUAACAAAAUUUGUAAAUGAUUUAUUACGUUCAUUAAAAUUACGACAAGGUUUACCAGCUUUAAUGUAUGAUUUAACACAAGCUAUAGAAGAUGAUGAUUUAGUAAAAAUACAAAAUACUUUUAGAAUUAAAUCAAAUAUUUAUUUUGCUAAAGAUUGGUCUGGAAGAACAUGUGCACAUUUAGCAGUACUUUAUCAACGUCGACAAAUUCUCAGUUUUAUUUGUGAAAAUUAUAAUAAUGUUAUUAAUCUAAGAGAUAAUCUUAAUCGUACACCAUUACAUUAUGCAUGUAUUAUGAAUGAUGAAAUAGCAAUUAAUAUUCUUCAACAAGCACUUGCAAAAAAAAUAGCUGAUUGUCUAAAUUUAUUUCCUGAUGAUUACAAAAAUAAUCGUGAUCUAUGUUGUGAAGAAUUUUAUGCACAAGGUUUUCCUAAAAAUGAACUUCAAAAAUGUUUACCAGGUUUAUGUGAUUAUUUAAAAUUAUCAUUUUAUUUUCCUUUAAAAAAAGCGAUUGAAGAAAAUUCAAUUGAUAAUAUUAAAUUAAUUAAUAAUGAUAUGAAUACGAUGGGUUUUUAUCUUGAAGAUUUUAAUCCAAAUUCAUAUGUAAAUGAUUGGUUACAAGGUCAACGUUAUGUACCAUUAUUAUUUCUUGCACUUGAACAUCGUUCAAUAUCAUCGAUUCAAUGUUUAAUUGAAUUAGGUUUACCACCAAUUGGUCGAAUGUAUAUAUCAAAAUCAAUAAAUAAUAAUAAUUCUCGAUGUGUUUCAUUUCGAACACGUGCUGAAGAACUUGAAUGUUUUGAUAUUAUUGGCAUGAUUAAUGAUUUAGAAGAUGAUAAUGAAUUAAAAAAUAUUUUUAAACAACAUUUAUCAUCACGUAAAACAAGUCAUAGUCAAACAUCAAUCAAAUUAGAAGAACAAUUAAAAAGAAAAAAAUUAUCUCAACAAGAAUCGAAUGUACAUAAACAUUAUGUAGAAUUUGACAAUAAUAAAUCACAAACUUGUAUUUUAUUGUAA